UGCAAUCUGUCUUCCUUGCAUGCUGUACCAACUGGUGCUAACCCUAGUUUUGAUUAUGAUGACAUUAUGAGCUGCCUGCUACAGAACUGGGUGUUGACAGCCUUCCUCUCUCUGCUGCUUUGUCAUUCAGUUUUUGUUAAGGCAGAUACACAACCUGGUGAUUUGCGGAGGUGGAUUCCAAAUGCCAGCUGGCACAAAAGAUGGGGUGUUUCGGAAAAGACUUACCCCACCAGGCUAAUGGGACAGAGUUCUGGAGGCGAAAUUCAGAAGCAUCAGUUGGACACAAGGGUGAGAAAAGCUGGCAACCGCAGAGGAGAAGGAGGCGAAAAAGGAGGAAGCCCUGUGAUACAUCUGGCCCAGGUGAGUUUCCUCAUCCAUGCCUUUGGCUCAGCCUUCACCUUGGACCUUGAACUGAAUCACCACCUGCUGUCUUCGCAAUACGUAGAACGUCAUUUUGGACAGGACGGAAAUGCCAGCUACAAUACGGGAGCCAGUGAACACUGUUACUAUCAAGGCAGCCUCCGUGGAGAAGCAAAUUCUUUUGCGGCUCUGUCCAGUUGCCACGGCUUGCAUGGUGUUUUCUCCGAUGGAAAGGCUACAUAUCUUCUGGAGCCUCACAAUUCACCUGAGCCCCAAGAGGGGCCACUUCCUCAUCAGAUCUACCAGACACCUCUGCCACAUUCUACCCAGGGCUGCACAGAACCAGGCUGUUUAUUUGAUUCACUGAACUACUACAUUCCUUCUGGGAUCUCUAAACUACGGCGUCGAAGGCAGGUUCACCGAGGUCACCGGACAGUCCACAGCGAGACCAAAUUCAUUGAACUCAUUGUAAUUAAUGACCACCAGCUGUUUGAGCAGCUGCGCCACUCUGUCAUCCUUACCAGCAACUUUGCAAAGUCUGUGGUGAACCUCGCUGAUGUGAUCUAUAAGGAACAGUUGAACACACGUAUUGUGUUGGUCGCCAUGGAGACAUGGGCAUCAGGGGACAAAAUUCAGGUAGACGAAGAAUCUCUGGAGACACUGAAUGAGUUCAUGAAGUAUCGACAGGAUGCUCUUCCUGAACACAGUGACGCCGUACAUCUCUUUUCUGGGCACACUUUCAGAAGCAGCCGCAGCGGCAUGGCCUACAUUGGAGGGAUCUGCUCAUUUGCCCGAGGCGGAGGUGUCAAUGAGUAUGGCAACGUGGGAGCGAUGGCAGUAACAUUAGCACAGACCCUGGGGCAAAAUAUUGGUAUGAUGUGGAACAAGCACCGUGUCUCUGCAGGGGACUGUCGCUGUCCUGACUCAUGGCUAGGCUGCAUUAUGGAGGACACUGGAUACUACCUGCCACGGAAGUUCUCACGCUGCAGCAUUGAUGAAUACAAUCAAUUUCUGGCUGAAGGUGGGGGAAGCUGUCUAUUUAACAAGCCCUUGAAGCUUAUUGAUCCCCCUGAAUGUGGCAAUGGAUUUGUGGAGGCAGGAGAAGAAUGCGACUGUGGUUCCUUGGCGGAGUGCUCCAAAGUUGGUGGGAACUGCUGCAAGAAGUGCACGCUUACGCACGAUGCCAUGUGCAGCAAUGGGUUGUGCUGCCGAGGGUGCAAGUAUGAGCCACGGGGCAUCACUUGCCGAGAAGCUGUGAAUGAGUGCGACAUCCCUGAAACCUGCAAUGGUGACUCCAGUCAGUGUCAACCCAAUUUGCACAAGCAGGAUGGCUACUUUUGCGACAAUGAGCAGGGCCGAUGUUAUGGAGGCCGUUGUAAAACUAGGGACCGCCAAUGCAAUGUAUUAUGGGGACAUGCUUCAGCUGAAAGGCUGUGCUAUGAGAAGCUGAAUGUUGAAGGUACUGAGCGAGGAAACUGUGGGCGUGACGGGAACCGCUGGUUGCCAUGUGUCAAGCAGGAUGUGUUGUGCGGAUUCCUCCUCUGUACCAACAUGACAGGUUCUCCACGUAUCGGUGAAGUUCUUGGUGAAAUCACCACAAUGACUUUCUACCAUCAGAAGCGUUACGUUGAUUGCAGGGGAGGCCAUGUGCAACUUGUGGACGGCACAGAUCUGAGCUACGUGGAAGACGGGACACCCUGUGGGCCCAGCAUGCUGUGUCUUGAUCACAAAUGCCUUCCUAUCUCUGCCUUUAACUUCAGCAUCUGCCCAGGCAGCUGGGGUGGCCAGAUCUGCUUUGACCAUGGGGUCUGCAGCAAUGAGGGUCAAUGCAUUUGCUAUCCUGACUGGACAGGAAAAGAUUGCAGCAUCUAUGAUCCUAUCCCAGAGCCGAAGCCUACAGGAGAGACAGAAAAAUACAAGGGUCCCAGUGGCACCAACAUCAUUAUUGGCUCCAUUGCUGGAGCUAUCCUGGUGGCAGCAAUUGUCCUUGGUGGCACUGGAUGGGGCUUUAAGAACAUUCGCAGAGGAAGGUACGACCCAGCUCAGCAGGGCAUGUAG